UGUCGUAAACCGACACUGUAAACAGAAAAUAUUAAUAGAUGACACAAUUCGAAAGCGACCUUCGGAUAAUUUGGGUGCGCGAAAAUGUUGGAACAAAUCCAACCUGGUUUUCAGCCGUUCUACAUAAAAAACGAACGAAAUUACGGCGAAAUGACCGAAAGUCCUGGAGAAGGUGAGAAAGCACCGCAAGAUUGCUGGACUUUAAUGACAACAGCUGAAAAAGUCUUGCUCUUUUUACUCAUCUUAGCACUGGUUGGAAUUGUCGCUUUGGCGAGUUUUAUCAUUGUGCACUUUCUUAGCGAGGAAGUGUGUGAAAGUGAAGAGUGCAUUUCUGCGUCGUUUAAACUUUUGAACAGUAUUGAUCUUAGUGAGGAUCCAUGUAAUGAUUUUGAAAAAUUCCUUUGCGGCAAUUACAUUCCAAUCAGUGACGAGAAAAAAGCAAAUUUAGUCACUGCUCCUUUGAGUGAUCGAGAUAGCGGACCAAUUACUACACUUAAAACUUUUUACCAAAGUUGCAUUAACAGUUCUGCUAUUGAUGAGGACAAUGAAAACACCCUUGCUACCAUCAUUUCAAAUAUUGGUGGAUGGCCGAUUCUGAUGGGCCACACCUGGGAUGAAGACUCUUUCAACUGGCAGAAAUUCAUGGUGAAAGUCCGCCCGUUGGGACUCAAAUCUGACUGGUUGUUACAUUUCGAUUACCACGAGGACGAAAGUGGUAUAAAUCAAUUAUUGCUGAGACCACCGCGAAUCAAAGCAACGUCUUAUCAAUUCAAGACUGAUUUUUACCAGGAAUGUAUUAUAAAUCUCGCUGAUAGGUUUGAAGCAAAUGAUUUGGCUUUAAAUCAGCUCAAACAAAUGAUCGAGUUUGAAGACAGAUUACUGCAGAUAAGUUACUUAGGCCAAGAUGAAAACUACACGAAGGUUUCAGUCGGGAGACUGAAUGAAAUAUGGCCGGAAAAUUCACUUGUUGAAAUCUUGAACGACUUAGCUCGCGGCUACUCAGUUUUUGUUAACUCGACCCCAAUUUAUUUAGACUCGGAGAACUACCUUUACGAGUUACAUCAAUUACUAGUUUCAACACCGAAAAGAACGCAAGCUAAUUACUUCAUUUGGAGUAUUAUUGAGACGUUUUUGCCUUUUUCCUCGGAGGAAAUUAGAAAAAUUUACGGCAAGUAUUUGAAGCUAGAAAGUCGGGAGGACCAUUGUCACAGUGAGACAAUAAAGAGAUUUUACAGUAUCAUCAAAAGUGAAGAAGUGAGUAAAUACAAACAUUCACAGACUGUGCCCUUACUUAACUUAAUCGCAAACCUGGUCUAUGAAAGUUUUAACGAAACUGAUUCAGAAAUUAGUGUCAUAAUCGAAGGCCCUGAGGGCGAAAAUUCAGGUGUCACUGAUCUAACUUUUACUUCCGAUAAGUUACCCAAAAUGAUAACCGAAGUCCAGUUUCGCAUCGACAAUGAAUUUUAUAAGUGUUUGCAUAAAAAUCCUUCGUUUUGCGUCAGAGAAAAUUAUUAUGAAGCACCACGAGAGUUUGAGCCCAUGUUUGAUACUUCUGACAACACUUUUUAUGUUCCCUACAGCCUGGUUUAUAGUGACUGGUUCAAAAAAAAUCAACCGAAUUACAUAAACUUUGCUCGAAUGGGCAGAAUAAUCGGCGAUCAGAUUCUUCAAGCUGUAGAAGACGAAACUAAUACGACUCUUUCCGAAUCUGGAAUAAAUCUGGCGUACGAAGGCUAUAUCCAGUGGUUUCAAAAAAACGGAAUGGAGCCAAAACUACCAGCCUUGAAUUUUACAAUGAAACAGUUGUUUUGGUUGUAUUCGAGUUUGGGCUAUUGUUCAGAGGAGGAAGAAUCGGGCAAAAUUGAAGAAGCCGUCGAUUCGUUGUAUUUCAAAGAAGAUUUCCAUUGCAUUUAACAGUUGAGGUGAAUGUGAACUUGAAGUAAAGUAUUUGGGUCGAUUGGAAGAAAGUGGAGUGAAUGAAUUGAGCAAAAAGUUUCAAUUAUUUUUCUAUCAGUUGUAAUUAAACAUACAGUAUUUUGUUAUUAUUUAUUUAUUGUUGAUAAAUAAAGGUUGAAAUGUU